AUGCCCCAUACCAUCAUUCCAAUUAUACAUGAUGGAGCUUGCCUCUUUAGAGUAAUAUCCUUUGUUUUAUAUGACAUUCAAGUGAUGGCCAAAGAAGUAUGCACAGAAAUAGUGGCUUAUGUGAUGAAUCACUGGGAUGAUUUUUCAAGAGAGGGUUAUUUCUAUCAAAUUGCAAAAUCUGUGCGGGCGAAGCACUGGAAAGUGACUCAUCAGAAUGAUCAUAGUGAAAAUAAUCCUUGGAUGCAAGCAUAUAAUGUGCAUCAAAAUAAUAUGUCUCAAAUGACACGAGGUGGAUCCUUGCCAGUUAGUUACUUACAGACUAUGGUUCAACCUCAUAUGGUUGCUCAACAAACAGUUGAUUUAGCAUAUCAUCAACAAUCUCAACAACAGCAGCAGCAACAACAACAGCAGCAGCAGCAGCAGCAGCAGCAACAACAACAACAACAGCAGCAACAGCAACAACAACAGCAGCAGCAACAACAGGGUAACAAUAACAAUAAUAAGGUUGCAUCUCCGCAAAUUUACUUGAGCAAUCCAGCAGGAAUGAUGUGGAAUUACUUUAAUUUUAUGCCACAAUAUCAACAAACUGGUCAUCAAUUAAUUGUACAGCCAACAACACACAUGUCUCAAUCUCAACCACCACAGAAUUUUUGCAUGAUAAAUGCAAGUGGACAACCAAAUACGUCUCCUUUGGAUUCAAAUUAUCUCUUAAAUUUUCGUGGUUCUAAUACUACAGCUAAUGUUGUUGGUCACAAUUCUACUGCAGCCUCAAAUAAUGUUGCAUCUGUUUUAUUUAGGGAGAGUAUUGCAGAACAAAUAUCACAGUCUCCACUUAACCAGAAUAUGUCUUUAAAAAAUUGGCAACAAGACAGUUCUUGUGGCCCUUUGAAUGAUCCUUCUCAUUGUCCUCUGUCUACAUUGGCAAUACAAAAUAAUUCUCGUCACGGAUCUAAUCCUUCACAGAUGGUAACUAGAGCUGUUGGACAAACAGGCUUGCCUUCCCAACUACUUGGUCCCUCAUCAAUGAAUCAAACUAAUAAUAUUGCUGCAACAUCAUCAUCGGCUUCUGAUAUGGGAACAAGUACCUACUCAUUAUUCAAUUCACCUUGGCCAUCUGGAUUAACUGUUUCUCGAGCAAAUAAAGAGAACACUCGAACAACUGGAACUGGCAAUAUGGAUCCUCUUCUGAUGCAACCCAGAAUCCAAUCCCUCUGGUCUGGACCCGGUCCUUCUCCCUUAGAGCGCCUAUUGGAACAACAAAAACAGAGACGUGAUGGAACUAAUCAGUGAGCACUAAAUAAGGAAGAAGUGUGGAUUAUCUCUUGAAUAAAAUGGCAUAAAUUGCCUAAACCUCUUCCGCUUCACAAACCAGUAACAGGUUUGAUUGAUAGCUGGAUAGUGAGAUGUUGAGGUGUUAAGUAAAUGAAGCAAAAUAAUGGUUUAGCUAGGUCAAAAACAGAUAUGAAUAUGUAUGACUACCCAAAGGAUAGUCCUAACCUACAGAUAUCUACUGAAUAUCAGUUCUGAUUAAAGUAACCUUUAAUAAGGAUUGUAAAGUUUACAGGCUGAUAAAAUAUGAGAGAGAGAGAGAGAUAUUUCUAUAUGGUUUGACCAGUCAUACUGCCAUUUAAGAAUACCAUGAAUUUUGCAGCAGAAUUGCAAAAUUCAGUUUCAGGUUGUAGUUCUGUUUUCAUAAACUGUUUAGAAGAAAGAAUUGAAUUAUAUAUGUAUAGUUAAAAGGACUGUGUCAAUGAUUUGUUGAAUGUCUGGUAAAAUUAUUUCCAGAUUUGAUAGCUGUAACUGAAGUGAAUGUUGUAGUUCAGUAUAUACAGUGGUGAAAUUCAAAAGACAUAAAUACUUAUGAAACUAUUGUAUUAAAUGUAGUGUUUUGAUGAAAUGGUUGGAUAACAAUUACUGCACCUCUGUCCAUUUCUCUAGCACAUUUGUCAGACUUUUUUUGUUUCGUUUGUUUUUGGUCUAUAUAUUCAUACUUUAUAUAUAUAAGUCAUAUAUAUAUAUAAGAAAUUAAAAUAUACAGCUUGUAAGUAGUAUCUGGUUCUGCUGAUUGUAUUAGUCAGGCAAUUUUAUUUGUGAUGUAUUUGUUAGUUUUUAACAAUACGGUGAUACAUGUUGCGGUAGCUUUUAUUCCGAGCCAUAGGAUUUGAAUAUGGUAUUUUUUUUUCCUUAAUUUGGUUGUUUGUUCUAUUAAACCAUCUGUUUAGAUUUUCUGAAAUGUAGUUAAGUCAUAUUGUGAUGUGAAAACUCCAAAUAAUCAAGUAUGUUGGCAUUUGAGCAAAUGUAUCUGUUUAUAAUAAUGGUAUCUAUAAAUACUUUCAUUCAACUGUGACGAUAUUGACUGAUAUUGAUACCCAGUUUGCUUGCUUUUAUUUAUUUGAAUUUUGUCAGAUUAAAAAACAAAAACGAAUUAUGUUGGGUACAUUGAAUAAAAAAAGAGCAUAAAAAACAGUCAACUGUUAUCAUGCCUGUUUAAAUCUUGUGUACUUAGGAUGCCAAGAAUAAAACUGGUGCUGCAUACCAAA